AUACUACUGUCUGUUGAAAUAUGAUCUCUGUUUUCAAACAAAUGGAAUACUUCAUAUUUGAAGAAUUGAAAUAUUAAACCACUAGUCAGAAUAUAAUAUAAUUUAACAAUAUGGAUAUAAUCCUAUAUCAUACUUUGUUUUAAAUUAUAACGACGCCAUGAUGUGCGUAUAAAUGUGUUACAUGCCAUUACAUGAUCUAUUGUUAUGUAGAAUUCUUCAUGCACGCGCGUCUCUUACGAUAUAGGUACACGGGUAACAGCGAAACAGAAAGCAGAUAUUGUGUUGUUUUUUUUUCUUAGACAUACGCUAUAUGGAUACUGCUUGUGCUUUCUGUAUUAUUCACGGAUUCAUAGAUCAGAUUCAACAUGUCUUGUAACAAUCAGGAAUGUGUGCAUUUCAAGAGAUUUCUCUAUGAUAUCUGAUAUAAGAUCUGAAAUGACUGAAGAACCAGAUGGAUGGCUAUGACGAAACUAGCGGACACGAAGUUUCACAACUGGUUGAAAACUGGCCUUGCUAUUAGUAUUGCAAAACACGGUGUAGAAGAGGUAGUUGCCAAAGACAUAGAGAAAUUCCACGAAAAAUCUUUAAAGGAAAUCUUAACACCAGAGCAACUAGUGAACAAAAUUCUUUGUUCCCAAUGCAAGACGGAGAAUAUUUUGCCAUGUCCUUACAGAGGAUUAUGCGUCACAAAAACUGGAAAGUGCUCGUUUCACAAUACAACUCAGAAUGCAUUCCGACCCUGUCCAAAGAACAUCUGCGACAAAUUUAGAGAUACAAUUCGCAAAAGUCAUAAAUUCAACUUUCCGUCUUGGAAAAACACUUUUGCAGAAAGAUGGUGUCAUAGCCCGUGGGAGAUAGCGAAAUGUUUCAUGCCACCUGAUGGAUAUUAUACUGCGAAUACAAUAGGAGACACUGAUUUCAACGGUGAACUGAGUGUGAUGCUAAACUUUCUACCUAUAGCAAAUCAAGUCGAUGAAAGAAACUGCAACGAAGCAAGAGAAGUAAGCAGAACAUUUCGACACUCCCCUGAUCUAACUGUAAACGACACCGAAGUGAAUGCUAACAUGGACAUAUUAAUUGCAUUUCUCACGUGUACUAGCUUCUUGGCAACUGAUUCAAAAGUUACGGAGGCAGUUGAAAAGAUAAAAAAGUUAAAGGCAGACACCCUUACAGUUUCUACACAAGACAUAACAAAGAUUAUCCGCGAAGAAAUAGAAAACAGUACAAGAAAAUCCCUGCAAGACAUUAACCAAAAGAAAAUACAGAUAUUACAAGAAGCCAAUAACGUGAUAACAAAUUUGCAGUCAAUCACGAGCCAAAGUAUUGGAGAUAUACUGUCAGCAAAGGCUGUAGCACUAGGAGAAGUAGAGCAUUGCAAAAGAAAGGCAAUCGACGACGUUAACACAGAAACAAAACGCAUAAAGAAGAAAAUCACCGAUGACAUUGAUAAAAGUAAAGAUGACUCAUUAGCUACAAUAAAGAAUGUAACAAGAGCAUCCAUUGCAGAAAUAACGCAGCAGUCGAGCGACUUAAUCGCAGAAUGGAAACAAAAAGAAUACCAGCAACUGAAGACAAGUCUGACCGAAGAUCUUCUAUCAUUUUAUGAAGAGGAGCACAGUACAAUACCAGUUUCUCCACUAGUACCUGAGGAGGAUGCUGACAUUCUUCAGUUCUAUGUACCGCCGAAUUUGGAAAUAGCCGAAUGGAGAAUAUGCGGUAAAAAUAAACCAACACCAAUACAUUCAUACAGAAAUAUUUUUAUGAAUAACUCGUCUCUCUGCCGUAAUAUCUAUAUUUCGGCACAAGCGGGAAUGGGAAAAACUACGUUAGCCAAACGGAUUUGCAUGAUAUGGUGUCAUGUAAAGAGUGGCAAAGAAAAUGGUGAUCAUAUUCUAGAAUCUGAAAUAGAAAUGAUGAGACAUUUUGACUUCUUGUUCUUUAUACCUUUAAGAGACGUCCACGGACAGGAGUGUACAAUCGAUGCUAUGAUUAGCAGUCAAAUAAUCAAUCAUUUGUCUUUGUCAAGUCAGUAUCAUAAAUCUUUCGUAGAAAGACUCUUUCACGAAGAAAAAACAUUGGUUGUUCUUGAAGGAUUAGAUGAAUGGUCUCAUCCGCACAAUUCAAAUUGCUGUAACUCAUCUCCAAUACCACAUAGACCGUCACGACCAAAAUGCACCGUUUUGUCAACGACAAGACCCUGGAAAAUGUACGAGGCUCGAAUAAAAAAUAGUAAAGUUGAUAAAUAUAUCGUUAUGAAAAGACUUGUCAGUAGUUCUAGGGAGAAACUAGUUCAUAAUGUUGUGUUCAGUUUAACGGGAGAAAAGAAAGAUGAACACUCAAUCCAGUGCUUCCUUGACGACACGAAGAAUAAGAAUAUCGGUGAACUUGAUUCAACUCCAGUGAUAUUAAUACAGCUUGUUUGUUUGUGGAUUGAUGGAAGGACUGUUGGGCCAUCGAAAUGCGAAAUUUUCUUCAGUAUCAUUGACUUUAUGCUACAACUUGGCACUGAAAGAAUAGAAUCACUUGGCAAACAGACAGUUUUUACAAGUAUUAACAAAAAUACCGAGGACAGUCAUCUACCAAGUAUUAUCAACAAAUAUGAACAUUGUCGAAACAUUUCAGACUUAGUGCUUAGCAUCGGAAAAUUGGCAUUUACCGCCUUAUUCUUGCUGAGUAAAGAUGCAUCCCUUUCGAUGAAAUCAUCUUACGUGGUAUCGAUAUUGACCAAAAAUGAAUUGUGGUGUUGUUUGCAAAUGGGCCUGUUGAAAAGGAACAAACAAAUACGAUUUUCUGAAAAUACGUGUAGUUAUUCAUUCAUUCAUAAAACAUUUCAAGAGUUUUUUGCUGCAUUUUACCUACAGUCACAUGCAGAUGUUUCUACUGUUACAGACACGGUGCUCAAGGGGUGUAACUCUCUUGGCAAAAUUCUUGAAAUGUCAAACGUAUUUGUAUUUCUUAGUGGCUUACGUCCCGAAUUAAUGCAAACAUUUUCUGAGAAAUUGAGACACGUAGUUUCUGGCGAUAGUUUUACACAGCAUUUUAGAAGAAAAGUUUUGUUCGUUAACAGUGAGAGAAAUGACAAACAGAAACUAUUAAAAGAAUAUCAAAAUAUGUGCACUGAUUGUGUGAAAGAGUUGCACAGAGAGCAAGUCCAAAUAUAUUUGGAGGACUUUUUCUUCGACCAAGAAGUUACAGGCACCGAAUACUGUAAUGCUGUAAGCAAAUUGCAAGAUAUAAACAAGAAACGGGUUAUGUCAGUAACAUUAGAAGACUUAGAUAUUGGUCUGCUUCACAAAUGUAUUGAUAUGUUUAAAUUGGAUAAAAUCAACAUUUUAGGAAGAUUAUUUAUCAUAAGUGAACUAACUAAAGAUGACUAUGUUGCUGUCCUUACUGGAUCAGCUGAAACACUAAGACAUUUGUCAAUUUGUAGCCGUAGUCGUGAGCAUGGUAGAAUGGUAGCAAAAUUUUCUUCAUUUUCAAACAUAAGUCUGAAUAUACUUCAGAAAAUGGCUAAUUUAGAAUCACUUGUCCUUGAAUGUUUUACAAUGUCUCAUACAGUCCUUGUGGUCUUCAUAAAUUGGAUCACACAAAGAGUGGACAUGAAACAGAUUGGUUUGUUAAUCAAGUGUGCCGAUCAUGACAAAACUUGUCCCGGUAUUAAUCUGGAUCUGUCAAGGCAUUCAAAGCUAGAAUCAUUGGAACUUUGUACAUUGCGUUUGAAAGACGUGAAAAUUGAUACAAAUUCUCUUCAAGAUGGUCACGUGGGUUCAUUGUCUCCAGAUGGUCUUUCAUCCAUACUUGACUGCAUGACUUCUGCAAAAAAGCUGCGCGCAAUAGAAUUUUACGACAUAACGUCAGAGAGCAGUAUUGAAAAAUUCUUGAAAAUAUUGAAACUGUUCGAUUACUUAGAAGUUAUAGAACUGAAUGAAGUAGAUCUAACAAGAAAAGAAAUUGAGCUACCAAACACUAUGGAAAAAUUAAAAUGCAUCAUGUUAGUUGAUGUUUCUAUGUCGAGUGCAGCUUUAAGAAGGCUUUUGGGGAGAGUAGAGGGGCUCCGAAACGCCGUGAGAGUAAUGCUGUGGUAUUGCAAUAUAACACCAUCUGAAGAGUUUGAAAAGGUCAAGGAUGAGAUAAGGCACUCAGAUAGUCAUAGAGUGUUACAAGAUUGGAAAGAUUCGGAAAAGGUCUACAUGUUUACAUUUAAAACAUUAAAAGUCGCCUGAGAAAAGAUUGGGGAGUUGGGACAGGCAGUUACAAGAAGUUUGAUUUUCAUGACAAUUAUUAAACAUACGCUUUGAAUAGUUUAGUGUUUAAUCGAAUAGCAGUUCUUGCUCAUUUACUAUUAAUUCCAACACUCUUAUCGUUGGAAAGGAGACAUAUAGUUUUGCUCAUUUAGUGUUUGUCUGUCUGUUUGUCGGUGGAUCAGUACAGUAAACACUUUGGGUUCACAAUGAUCAAACUUCAUAGGAUGAUCAACAGUGGUCAGUAAAUGACCCGUUUUGUAAUGGGGACCAGUAGGCUAAAAGUCAAGGUCACACGGACUUUAAGACUGAAAACGGUAAUCGCUCAUUAUCUAGAGAUUGUUUUGGUUUUCAAAGAAUAAUUGCCUGUUGGCAGGAAAUGACCUCUACUGCUUUUGGGUCAGUAGGCCAAAAGUCAAGGUCAUAAUGACAUUGAGACUGAAAAAGGGGCCACUCAAUAUUGAACACUUUGGUAUACAGUCAGUAAACCUCAAAGGAUAAUUUCCUGUGGCAAGUAAAUACCGUAUGUUUUGAGGGGACAGUAGGCCAAAGGUCACAGUAACUAUGACAUUGGAAAUGAGUGUCUGCGCAUUAACUAAAGAAAGCUUUGGUCCGCCACGGUAUAACUCAAAAGCAUGAUUGUCUGUGGUCUCCUAGUAAGUGCUAGUUCGAAAUUCAGCAAUGUGAAAAGUUGAGCUUUGCCAUCUCGAACUAUGACUUUUCAUUUAAUUUGAAUUUGGAUUUCAGAGCGUACACGAAAUUUAAUGUCAGCUCUAAAUGCCAGCUCGUUAUUAAAAUCUUUAAAAAAUGAGUUUCCAACUUCAAUCAGACUGAAAAAGAAUCAAUCCAAGCUAAAAAUUAUCAUGUAAAAUUGAAUCUCAAUUUUUGAUUAAGACGAAAUUCAUUGCUAGCUCGAAAAUCAGAUUUCUUUCAAAAUUUGAACCUCGGUCUAUUUGGCUCAAAAUACAAAAUCUAAAUUAUUAUUUCUUUUUUUUUUUAAAUAUAAAUUUCGAUCUUCGAGCAAGCUUAUAAUUCCUUACUUUCUUUAAUCCAACAAUUAAUGCUGAUUAAAGCAAAUGUUUUCUGAAUCCGCACCUUUGUUUAACUUUACACAUGCGUAGGGAUGUCGGGUACAUGAUAAAAUUGUACCGGACGAGCCUUUGUAACUGAGUUCUGAGCAAAGUUUCACGGCUUUCAGGAACGUCUAAUUUUCCCAUAUGCUACAAAUUUUGGCUGUAACUGUUAUUUCAACAUAAGAUAAAGAUAACAUAAUUUACUUGACUUGAUGCUAUUCAAUGUAAGAAUAAUAUACUCAAAGUUGAAAUAA